AUGUUCUAUAACUUUUCAACUUCUCGGUUGAUAGCCAAGCGUCAGCGAGUGAAACGCGCCUGCGAAUUUUGUCGAGUCAGUCGCGUCCGAUGUGAUUCUACCACUCCGUGCGCCCAAUGCGUAGCGAGUAGGGUGCCCUGCAGUCGCCUCCAAUCCUCACGCCGAAGUAUUAUUAGGGGUGUAGCUUCUAAGGAUGAAAAUACUUCUUCCUUCUGUCCCACUUCAAGGGCGGGGCCAGGAGCGUUCAAACGACUUAAUGCCCAGAUCUUAUCUUCAAGCCCGGAAACCAGCGGCUUAUCAAGCCUCCAUCAGCAAUCAGGGACUGCAACUAAUCAGUUGGACUCAACCUUGGAAUUCAUUACUCGCAUAUAUGCGUUUUGCGCAGAUUUUCGGCCACUUUUAUCUCAGACAUCAUCACAUGACGAUGACCCCGGGCCAUAUAGAUCGCCUUUCUGUCCCGGUGCUGUGGAUGAAACAAGCUCUACGCAGUGUGACUUGUCACCUACUGAGAUGGAUCGACUGUUGUGGGUGUUCUGGACACGGUUACACCCACAAAUUCCAAUAAUUGAUGAAAAAGAUCUCGAAUGUUCAAGUGCCCAACAAGAGAGCAAAACUCCCAAUCCACUUCGGGAUGCGGUUGUUGCAUACACCAUGCAGUUCAUCUUCCAUUCAGGCCUUCAUACCCGGCUACUAGGAUUUCAGUGGAAACAUUUUGACACGGGCAACAAACGGUCAAGAGUAGUCGGUAUGCCAUAUUUUCAGCGAUGCUUGGCCAGCUGUACCAAGUACUCCGUAUUUGCAGAACCUUCUCUCACCACCUUGAAAUGUUAUUGUAUUAUGACAUUGUACCUCCUUGACACGGGUCAACACCACACAGCAUACAACAUUAUUGGAUUAGCAGUGCGGAUUGCCCAGUCUCUCAAUCUCGAUGGGGCUCCUCCCCCGGGUGUGCUUUCUGAAGAAGCAGAGCAUUCACGUAUUUGGUGGACACUGGUCCAUCUUGACUUUCGUUGCUCAAGAUAUGCAGGCAAGCCUGCAACAGCACAGUUCUCUAUUUCUAAAUUCUGGGCGCGACAUCCGUUGUCAGACAUCCCCGUUGAUCACGACUCUUCGCCGCAUUAUACCCAAUCUCUUCGAUUGUCGUAUGCCGCACUUGCCGUCAUAGAGUCCAUAGAGUCUAUAACAUUCGAUGCCAACUCUGAGAAAGAUUGGAAUAUAGAAACUCAGGCUCUGGCGCUCUCAGAGAAGCUGCAGCCAAUAGAGCAGUGGAAAAAUACUGUGAAGAACGAUGAAUAUUUCAAACAUCUUCGGUUGGAUGUCCUAGACUCCUCCCUAUCAGACGAAGCCCACAUAAUAAAUGUGGAAGAUGGGCAUAUGACUCACCGACCCAUUGAGAUCCAACUGAGUACUCAACUAGAACUUCAAUACCAUGACAUCAUCAUCAGCCUGCAUCGUGGGUUUAUGAAAUUUUCCAAAGGACCGCCAAAUGCACGAAACAUGCCUGUAACUCAAACCCUCGUUGUCACAUUAUUGAAACAUGCGUUGAUAACCGUUCAAAUCAUCCACUCGCGUAUGUCGCAGCACGAUGUAUUUUAUGGUUCCAGUGAACUAUAUCAAUACCAAUGGAAUGCCCUACUGACACUUAUUGGAUUCAUGCUGGCGUAUCCCUCUUGCCCAUUAUGCCCGACAGUGCUUAGGAAUGUAAACCUUGCUCUAGAAACCUUUGAAUUUGGAGGUCGUCAAUCUGAUGCGGCAGCUCGUGCUGCGAGCUUCACUCGUUAUCUUCGCGACAAAGUGAAUGGCUUGAGAAUGGUAAUCGAGAUUGACCAGGCACCCGAUGCCACCGAGAGGCGAGCCUCAGGGACCGAUUCGCUCGCUGUCCAACAGGACACAGACGCAGGGUACCAGCUAUGCCAGAUGGACCACGGACUCGAGGAUUUUGAUCUCUGGUCUUGGACUAACUUCAUCAAUUCGGAUGCCUGGACGACUUUUUGCAACGAGAUGGGUGAAGCGAGCGCCUACCCUCCUGGCGGUCAAAGCAACUAA